GAAGAAGAAAUGUUGCUUGCAAUGCCGAUUGGACGUAUUAAUGGCGAAGCCUUAGAUCGAGCACAACAGAUUGUUGUUCGAAAUGCUAAACGAGCGGAAGCUGCUAGACUGAGAUACCAGAGAAUGACACCCGAGCAGAGGAAGGCCUAUAACCAAAAGCGGUAUACACCAAAACGGAAGCGAAUUGAGCAUGCUGAGGAAACUGAGAACAAUGCGAAUCGUGGCCGAAAACGUAACCAAGAAGAACAAUUUGACGCACUUUCAACCUUGGAGAGAGAUGUAAUCAAGAGAACACAGCAGGCCCAACAAGCUUUGAUGCGUCAACGAGGAACUUCCUCUGCAAAUACUCCUACUGGUGCUUACCUUACAGCGCAUGUUGUUCAGCAGCCUCAGUCAAAUGUAACUACGGUUUUACCGAACACAGCAAUAAUCCCGAAUAGUAGCGGCGUGUUGCCAGGUGGAACUGUGUUGGCUGCGCAGAUUCAGCCAUCGCAGAUUCAAACCGCUCAAAUUCAGGCACAACAAGUGCAGUCACAACAGACAAACCAGUCUAUGCAGCAGCAGGCAAUGUCGCAAAUUCCACAAGUUCAGGUGCAGCAAAUUCAUCCUCAGCAAAUCCAGAAUCAGUCUUCACAACAGCAACAACAAAUUCAGUAUACUGUGACCCCAGGCGGACAAAUGAUGGUUGGACAACAUCUACAACAACAAUUACUUACGCCAUAUGCAACAGUGCCUCCAAGAGCCUAA